UUCAGGGCGUUUCACGAUUAAAUAACAUGACUACGGGUAUUAGUGCUCGAAAUCCAAAGAUUCCACCUAAGAAGCAGGCUUGUUUUCAUAUCGAUUUCGUGUAAGUAUCGACGGCGUAACAUAUGCUCAUAUUAUGCAAAUUUGGCGGCAACCGACUCUGUACGAAGUGACUACAACCACUUCAAAUCCCAUGCCGCGCGCGUGAUGGAUCUUGACAUGGUAAUGACAUGUUUGAUCGCCUUUAAGCCAAUGAAAAUUUUCCGUUUCUGGAGAAACGGCAUCCUGCAAGCAGAGCACGCAGGGUGAAGAAACUGAAGUCCACAGACCCUCUAUUUUUGUCUUUCCCUAAGAGCACCCAUUGCGUUUGCGCUUUUUCAAAUCCCCUGCGGUUAACACUUUUGUUUGCGGUCUCGACGAACUCGAGACUGAAUAGAAUUUAUUCUAAACGGAUUCCGUUACGACUCCAAGUGCUAUCUUUAUGUCGUUGUUUCUCUCCGUUUCUUUUUGAAAUGUUGUCAAGAAGGGAGCAAAUGGUUAAUACUGUGGCUACUGUAGUCGCCAUUGCAGUUGUUGUGGCAGGAUGUUUUUACUACCGGAACAUGGCAAGUCAAGAUCAACGUAUUCAAGCAGUUUUGGACGGACUGAAAUCUUUGGAACAGGAAAAUUCAGUUGUUGGCUCACCUAAAGUGGCUACCUGUUUUGAAGCAACUAUGGAUUAUUUCGUUGACUCUGUGGGGUUGUUAGAAGCACUGAAACUUGAACCUCCCCGGGAAGCAAUACCUCAUGACGUUGUGAAAACCGAAAAGGAACUUCUGGAAACAUUUGCUUUCUUUUUCAAUCACAGCGCAGCUUCAUCGCGAUACUUGUCAGACAAGGAGCUUUUUCGUAAGAUGAUUAUCAAAGCCCAGGAAAUUGAAGGAACUCGAAAACUUAUUGGGGGCAGCGGAUUACAAAUUGGCAAGCGAUUUGCAUUGGAUGGGUGUAAUGUUCUUGCUGCUGCUGAUUCCUCUGCAGAGUUACUGGAGAUGCUACCUGAGAAUUUGACUACAACGGGAAACACUGUGGAUGUUGAUGAUGUCCAUUUGCUGCUGGAAUAUCCUGCGCACUUUCCCUGGGGAAAUUAUAUGUCACAAAGAGCUAACAGGUUGGUGCUACAUAGUGAUGAACACAAUCCUUACUUGAAAUCAAUGGAAAAAUUUCAGGAGAAAUUAAAAUACUUUUCGCCAUCAAUAUUGGUGGUUGCUGGUCUCCAAAGGCUGGAAAACUUUCCAGUCUUUAGUCCUGGUGACAGUGGUAAACUUUUAGAAAAGCUGUCAUCUUUCCUUGAGACUGUGGAUGUUCCAAUCCAUUUUGAAAUGGCAUCGUUCCACCAAGAAACGUUCUUUGAUGAACUUUUACAGUACGUAAUACCUUAUUCAAGUUCUAUUGGCAUGAAUGAACAGGAGCUUCCUAACUUAUGGAGUAAACUCCUUUAUGGAAACAUUACAGUUGUUUCCAGUCAGAAACCAAGGGUAGCAAAAGUGCUGGAUCUCAUGAGGGAUGUUUAUAAGAUUUCAAGAGGGAAUUAUGGGAAAGGAAGAAAGAGGCAGCUGACUCGAUUGCAUGUCCAUACUCUUGCUUUUCAAGUGAUUCUAACCACCGAAGGAUCACACUGGAAAAAUACUAAGGCAGCUGCUGCAAAAGCUUCUCUGACGGCAACGAGGCAUGUCUGUGGCUCAAAGGAAAUUGAUCCCAAGAAAUCUAAGUUAUUUAUGGAUGAUUCAUUUUCCAAGAGUAUAGCUCCAGGUAGCCCUAGAGUUCAAUUCGAUUCCAAUUCACCUGUGUCUUGCUGGAAUGAGGAAGAUUACAAAAUUUGUGUUGCUCCAGUGUUAGUUUGUACUCAAGUGUUGCAGACAGGAGGUGGUGGUGACCAUAUUACAGCAGGAGGCUUGGUAUUACAGAUUUAGGCUGUAUACUAUUAUUUGGGUUUAACACUACUCUCACUGUUUCUGAAAAUAAAUAGAGAUUACUGCACGGUAAUGUUCACAAAAGACCGUGUUUGACCACAUUUCCAAAC